AUGACAGAAUCAAAAGAAAUUCGUGAUGAAGCAGACGAAAAAAACGAAACAGAUCCACUCAGAAGUGAUGCAGAAGAUCCUACUAGUGUGAAAAAGAAGACCUUUAAGGAAAACUGUGUUAAUGUUUUCAGAAAUAUAACCGUGGAACCAUCUAUGUUCCUUUUUGUGAUUGCUUGUAUCCUAACAAUUUUAACGUCACAAAAUCUCAGUUUAGAAAAAGCGUGUCGUGUAAAUCUAAAUUAUACGACUGAAAUAUGCGAUUCCCUAAAAACUCAAACAGUCGAUGCACAGAAUAAAUAUGAAAAAGAAGUUCAGAAACUGGUGACUGUGGCAAUAGCUUGGAAGACGUAUUUAACGGCGAGUUUACCUUGCGCUUUAGCGAUGUUUAUUGGAUCGUGGUCAGAUAAAACUGGUUAUAGAAAAAUUUUCAUAACAAUUCCAGUGUUUGGACAAUUUCUGCUUUGUCUCAGUGGCAUAUUCCAUACAUAUUACUUAAAAAAAACGAAUUUGGAAGCGUUAACGGCCACCGAGGCGAUAAUCGAAGGGUUAUCUGGUUCAUGGUGUAUUAGUAUAUUAACUAUGUUCGCAUUUAUAAGUUCAAUUACUAGCAAGGAUAACAGGACGUAUCGUAUGGGCAUUGUAAGCUUUAGUAUGACGGUAGGAUUUCCCAUUGGAAUGGGCGUAAGUGGAAUAUUGCUUAAAACUCUUGGCUACUACGGAUGUUAUGGUUUGGCGGGGACCAUCAAUUUCGUGAACUUUUUGUAUAAUGCGUUCAUAUUGAAGGAUCCUGAAAGAACACCAGAACAGAAAUUGCAUGAUAAGCAAGGAGGUUGCCACUUAUUCAAAAUAUUUUUUGACCUGACAAAUAUAAAGAAGACUUUCCAAGUCGUUUUUAGAAAAGGCUCAAACAACCGGCGAAUAAGACUGUGUUUUCUAAUGCUCGUAGUCAGCAUUUUAUUCGGACCGAUGUAUGGGGAAAUAUCAAUUUUAUACAUAUCAACUAGAUAUAGAUUCAACUGGGAUGAAGUUAUGUUUAGCAUUUUCCAAGCUUACAACUUUAUUUCGCAUACAAUUGGGACACUGUUCUCAAUCGUUGUGUUCAGUAAAUAUUUACAAUGGCACGACUCGGUAUUGGGAAUAAUAUCUAUCCUUAGCAAAAUUGCUGCCUCAUUUAUUUAUUGUUUUGCGCCCAAUGAAAGGAUAUUUUUUAUCGCUCCCAUAGCGGACAUUCUUAAUGGAACAGCUUUGUUAGCAUUGCGGUCUAUCGUGUCUAAAUUAGUGGAAGCAGAUGAAUUUGGUAAGGUGAACUCAAUAUUCGCUUUAACUGAGAACCUUAUGCCCUUGAUAUACGUACCAUUAUACACACGAGUCUACACGGCCACUAUGGAAGUUCUGCCUGGUGCAGUGUUCUUGAUGGGAUCGGGUAUGACCUUACCAGCUAUAGCUGUGUUUCUAUUCCUCUUCGUCGAACAUAGACGAAAUUUGAAGAAAGGAAAAAAUGUAAAUUCUGAUACUGAUGUUAAAUCAAAUUAA